AUGUCCCGCCGCAAGCAAGCCAAGCCGCAGCACCUCAUGUCCGACGAGGGAGCCGCACACACCGGACUACUCUGCAGUGAAGGUAGGUGUCCCGGAGAGGCGACCAGUGGAUGCUGCCACAGUGAGGAAACACACAUCUGUGACAAGUGCUGCGCAGAGUUCUUCACUUGGACUGAACUGAAUGAACAUCAGAAGGUCUGCACCGAGGAUCCCUUGGUGCUGAUAGUUAAGGACAAUGAAGGGAUGCCUGUUCCUGAGGAGUCUCCUGUGGGACCCUCUCCGGUUCCCAGCCUUGUGUCCAGUGACUCAUCCGCAGCCGAGUCCGCAGACGCCUGCUUUGAGCUGGGAGAGCCGCUGGUGAACGACAAUGACAGUGUGGAUAAUUUAGAGGACGGCCGGGAGCAGGACGAAGCCAUGGAGCUUCAGGACAAAUACACCACAACCUCCAGCCCUCAGCCUUCAGACUCAGCUGAGUCCACUUCCCCGCAGAUGUCAGCAGCUGGCAGCUACGGCAUGCCGAGUACAAAUGUGACGCUGGAGAUCCUUCACAGCACCAGAGUCGCUGUGGCCCAGUUCUCCCAGGGGAUCAACAGCAGUGGCGCAGGAGGGAAGGCGGCUUCAGCAGCCAUCCCUGUGAUCCUGGAGCACCUGCUGGCUCUGCAGCAACAACAGGUCCACCAGCUGCAGCUCAUUGAGCAGAUCUGCAGCCAGGUAGCCAUCAUGAACAGACAACCAACACAAGCUGCGUUAAACCCGGUCUCCAGAUCCCUGUCUCUGGCACCUAACCCCUUCCCCUCCCAAGGCAUCGUCCCUCCUCCCAUCCUGCCACUGUCAGGGACGAUGCCAUCCACUGUUAAUGGACAGGCUGCUGUUUCUUUGUCGUCUGUGCUUGAAAAGUCACAAAAUAUCCCGUCACAGACUGUAUGUGGGAAGUCCAACUUUAGAGACGUUACAUGUACCUCAGCUCCCCCAGAAAAUUCAGCUCCAUCUCUGUCCAGCAGCAGCAACAGCAGCAGCAUCUCCACGUUACUUCCUCCUUACACAGGCUCACACACCAGCAGCAUUAGCUGCACUCAAACACUGAGCUCCUCCAGCUCGCUGUCCCUGGGGCAGAGUGGCCUCCUCAGCUCAUCCUCCAGCCUGCCAUUUCUACCUCAGAGCCCCCCCAGCAGCGUCAUUUUCCCCAAUCCCUUGGCUAGCAUCGCUGCCACAGCUAAUGCACUUGACCCUCUCGCAGCCCUGAUGAAGCACAGGAAAGGGAAACUGCCUAACGUGUCCUUGUUUGAAACGAAGCCCAGCCCAGAGGAACCCUUCUUCAAACAUAAAUGCAGGUUCUGUGCCAAAGUGUUUGGCAGCGACAGCGCUCUGCAGAUCCACCUGCGCUCCCAUACAGGAGAGCGCCCCUUCAAAUGCAACAUCUGUGGCAAUCGCUUCUCCACGAAAGGGAACUUAAAGGUGCACUUCCAGAGGCAUAAAGAGAAGUAUCCUCAUGUUCAGAUGAACCCCUACCCAGUGCCAGAAUAUCUAGACAAUGUGCCAACAAAUUCUGGGAUUCCCUAUGGAAUGUCCAUCCCUCCAGAAAAACCAGUCUCCUCGUGGCUGGACAGCAAACCCGUUGUAGCAACUCUGCCAGCCACCAUGGGUCUUCCAUUUUCCUCCACUGUUACCAGUAUCGGAGGCUCAAAUGACCCUGUAAGUGUAACACCAUCCGUUAAGUCGCCCUACCAGGCAGCUCCUGGUGAAUGUAUAUCUUUGUCACCUAACCACAGAGGCAGUGAGGCUCAUUUCUCUCCUGUUUCAGAGUCUCCUCAGUCAAACCGUGAGACAGAAGCAUCCAAUAUACUGAAAACAGAGGGAGUACACCUGCCCCAAAGCUGCACCCUGAGACUGAGAGCCAACCCGGUAACAGAAGCAACCAGCACUACGAUCCCAUCUGUGGCCACCACGCCUGAACCUGUCACCUCAGCUUCCCCCGUCCCCAACUCUCCAACCCUCUUGUUCAACUCAGACGAAACUAAAUUCCCAUCUGGCGGCCUCCUGGAUUCUAUGCAAACCUCUGAAACCUCAAAGCUUCAGCAGCUGGUGGAGAAUAUCGACAAAAAGAUCACAGACCCCAACCAGUGCGUCCUCUGUCACCGCGUCCUCAGCUGUCAGAGCGCGCUGAAGAUGCACUACCGCAUUCACACUGGGGAGAGGCCCUUUAAAUGCAAAGUGUGUGGCAGGGCUUUCACCACCAAAGGCAACCUGAAGACACACAUCGGCGUUCACAGGGAGAAUCCCCCGGUUCAGGUGCAACACUCGUGUCCUAUUUGCCAGAAGAAGUUCACCAACGCUGUUGUUCUUCAGCAGCACAUCCGUAUGCACAUGGUGGGGCAGAUUCCAGACUCGGCCCUGGUGGACGGGCUGCAGGAGAUGGACAGCGACAUCUCCAUAAACGGGAAGAGCUUUGACAGUCUCAGCAGCAAUGGCAAUGACUUGAUUGAUGAUAUUUCAAUGGAGGAUGAUAAUGAGGAAGAGGAGGAGGAGGUAGAAAAUAUGGAGGAAGGUGUGAGUCCCUCUAAACCCUUGAUCUCUGCUUGUAAUUCUCCUCCUAAGCCCUUCACCAUUGUUUCAAGUUUAGCAGCUCUGGAGAACCAAAUGAAGAUGGUAGACUCCACUGUAAAUCUAAACCACUGUUUCGGCUUAAAACCCCUAACAAACGGCUUCAAUGACAGCAGCCAACUCAAUAUUAAAUGCGCUUUAUCAGAGAAAAUGGUGGAGAAUUCCAGUGUAAACAGCCCAAAUGUGUCAGAAUCCUCCUGUUCACCUCAUGCAUCUGCAUCUCCGAUUCAAAGCAACUCAGAAGGCGUGACGAUCAAAUCACCUGCAGUGAACCACAGCAUGCCAGAAUCUCAAGAGCCUUUGGCAACCUCAGUGAAGAGAGAGCAAUCUGAGUCUCCUACCUCUGCAUCGGCAGCUGCAGCAGCGCAGGAGCGGAGAGGAAUACAACCCAGUAAACUGUGUGUGAAAGAGGAGGCUACUUACAGUAUGUCCUUCCAGCUGAGCAGAGACAGAGGUCAAAACAUUCCAAGCAUGGUUACCAGCACAUCAUCAGGCCUCAUAAAAACCGAGCUGAGCAGUCACAGUCAACCAAACAACCUAAGCGAAGGUCAGCACCCACCGUUUAGUGUCCACAUCCCUCCGGCUUACCCGUCAGUCAGCAGCCCGGGCAUGACCUCCCUGCUCGGCCCCGCGCCCCCUCGACGGACGCCGAAGCAGCACAACUGCAACGUCUGCGGGAAGAACUUCUCGUCGGCCAGCGCUCUACAGAUCCAUGAGCGCACACACACCGGGGAGAAACCGUUUGUCUGCUCCAUCUGCGGCAGAGCUUUCACCACAAAAGGCAAUCUGAAGGUUCAUAUGGGAACUCACAUGUGGAACAACGCACCAGCCAGGAGAGGCAGGCGGCUGUCGGUGGAGAACCCCAUGGCCUUACUGGGUGGAGAGGCCAUGAAGUUUGGGGAGAUGUUUCAGAAGGACCUGGCAGCUCGAGCCAUGAAUGUAGACCCUGGCUUUUGGAACCGCUACGCAACAGCCAUCACCAACAGCCUGGCCAUGAAAAACAACGAGAUCUCAGUGAUUCAGAACAGAGGCAUCUCUCAGCUUCACCCUCUGACUGCAGGCAUGGACAGAGUGAGCACCACAGGAAGUCCAAUCACCAGUAUAACCAAGACAGGCAUGGACCUGGGAAAUAACAGACAUUUUUCUAUGCUGAUUGAUGACAGCAAAGAAAUUGGAAUCAAUUGAAUAAAGCUGAAUGGUGAUGAAAUACUUAUGCAAAC